GAGUUUCUUGUUUUGUGAAAGGAACAGCAACAUGACGAGGGCUGUACGGGAGGAGCGAGCACCGAGCGAGCUGGAUGAGCAGCAGGACUCAUGCAGCCCUGCAGGAAAACACACAGGGAGGGGAGGAGAGGAGGAGGAGGAGGAGGAGGACCAACUCCACCAUCUGGAGGAGAACGAAGAGGAUGAUGACGACGAGGAGGAAGAGGAUAUCGGGGAGAACAAACCCAAGAGGCGAGGACCAAAAAAGAAAAAAAUGACAAAAGCUCGUAUGCAGAGGUUUAAGAUCCGACGAAUGAAAGCUAACGCCCGUGAAAGAAACCGCAUGCACGGGCUGAACGAUGCCCUGGAGAGUCUGAGAAAAGUCGUCCCCUGUUACUCUAAAACUCAGAAGCUGUCUAAGAUUGAGACGCUGCGACUGGCCAAGAACUAUAUCUGGACUCUCAGUGAGAUCCUGCGUUCUGGCAAAGCGCCUGACCUCAUGAGCUUCAUCCAUGCGCUCUGCAAAGGUUUAUCUCAACCAACCACUAACCUGGUGGCAGGUUGUCUUCAGCUGAACCCUCGGACCUUCCUUCCAGAGCAAACACCUGACCUCCCAGCACACCUCCCCCCAACCAGUGUCCCCCCCUAUCCUGGACACUUCCCCUACCAGAGCCCCGGGCUGACGGCUGGCUUACCCAGCCCUCCCUACGGUACCAUGGACCCUUCCCACAUCUUCCACCAGGUCAAAGGUCAGCCCUUUGGCCCGCUGGAACCCUUCUUCGAUGGUGUUUUGGUAUCAGAUGGCUCCUCAUUUGACCCGCCCCUCAGUCCUCCUCUCAGCAUUAGUGGGAACUUCUCUUCCUUCAAGAAUGAGCCGGUCCCAUCUUCUGACUACAAGAGCUUCUCCUUCAGCGUGCACUGUGGGGGAGGAGCAGCUGGAGGGCACGGCACCAUCUAUGGCAGCGGGGGGUCCAACCUGCAGGUGGAACAGCUGGUGGGAUUUGAUGGACACUCACACCAAGAGCGAAUGAUGAACGCCCAGCUGAACGCCAUUUUCCACGACUCACAAGGAUGAUGAGGGACUAAAAACAGAUAAAGAUGGAGACAACAACACAAGGAGGCGUUUGUGUGUCCUCCUAUAAUCUCCUCACUGUGUUUCAGUUGGUUCAUGCGUUCCCUCUGUGACUCCUCCCACUGAUGAUGUCACUGAUCCAUCUUUGUUGAGAUUCAUCUGGUGGGAGAGGAUCUUUGAAUGUCUUUUUUUAAUCAUAUCGUCACUUAUAAAUAAUCAAUGAGCAAUAAUCUAAACUAUGCAACUUUGUUAAAGUCGAACCUGUUAAUUCCAAAUGUUGAUGAAAUUUAAGAGCUUUUCCUAUUUUUAGGUCUGUGUGAAUCUGAGCCGGCUUACAGCUGAUGUUCAUGUAAUUUUUUACUUCUUACCUUUUAUAAUUUUCCUGUAGUGUUUUGUUGACAUUUCAUGUGACUCUUCUUCAUGUUUUAUAAUAUAAAUGUUUAUAAAUGGUAAAUGGACUGUAUUUAUGUAGCACCUUUCCAUCCAACCAGGAAACUCUGAACACCUUA